CCACAAUCGCUCACUCUCAUAUUCAGUCACGGCAGAGCUCAGGUUGGCAUAACGGUGUUGUCUGGGAAUGAUGCCGGCGGUUGGAGCCGUGGGAGUCGGACUGCUCUGCGCGCUGCUUGUCGCCCUCAUGCCGGGUGGCAUGUCGGACUUGGUGACUCUGGUGCAGGACCCGGUCCGACCCGAAUCGUCACUGCUGAUGCCAAAAGUCAUGAUCGCCAUUCUGGCUCGCAACGCAGCGCAUAGCCUGCCGCACUACCUGGGCUGCAUCGACAGGCUAGACUACCCGAAGGAGCGGAUAGCUAUCUGGGCAGCGACAGACCACAGUGUGGACAACAGCACAGCCAUGCUGAGGGAGUGGCUGAAGCAGGCUCAGGACCAGUACCACUAUGUGGAGUGGAGACCCAUGGAGGAGCCCAAGUCCUAUACUGAUGAGUGGGGGCCCAAGCACUGGCCUCCGUCCCGCUUCAACCAUGUGAUGAAACUGAGGCAGGCUGCUCUUAAGGCAGCACGGGAACGCUGGGCAGAUUACAUACUGUUUGCAGACGGUGAUAACCUGCUGACCAACCCAAAGAUUCUCAACCUGCUCAUGGCUGAGAACCUGACUCUGGUAGCUCCCAUGCUAGAGUCACGCUCUCUCUACUCUAACUUCUGGUGUGGCAUCACCCCACAGGGUUACUACAAACGUACCCCUGACUACCAGCCAAUCAGGGAGUGGAAGCGUCUGGGUUGCUUCGCUGUACCCAUGGUGCACUCUACCUUCCUGCUGGACCUGAGGCGUGGCGCGAGCAGGGAGCUGGCCUUCUACCCCCCUCACCCUGACUACAGCUGGGCCUUCGAUGACAUCAUGGUGUUCUCCUUCUCUGCCCGGCAGGCAGAUGUGCAGAUGUACGUGUGUAACAGAGAGCACUAUGGCUUCCUGCCGGUUCCUCUGAAGGCCUCGCAGAAUGUUGACGACGAGAAGGAGAGCUUCACACACACCAUCGCUGAGGCCAUGAUUGAUCACAACAUAGCACCCUCAGAGUACCUGUACAAUCCCGAGAUGCCGCAGGACAAGAUGGGCUUUGAUGAGAUAUUCCUGAUCAAUCUGAAACGUCGUCUGGACAGGAGACAGCGGAUGUUGAGCACAAUGGCCUCUCUGGGUCUGCAGGCCACCAUCACUGACGCAGUGGACGGCAAGGCUCUGAACUCUUCUCAGCUGCAGGCGUUGGGUAUAGAGAUGAUUCCAGGUUAUAAGGACCCGUACUCUGGCCGUGUUUUAACCAGAGGAGAGAUAGGCUGCUUCCUCAGCCACCACUCCACCUGGGUACAGAUGGCGGAGCGUGGUCUUUCCAAGGUGCUGGUGCUGGAGGAUGACGUGCGCUUUGAGCCCAGGUUUAAGAGGCGAAUGAUGACCAUCAUAGAGGAAGUAGAGAAGGCCCAGCUGGACUGGGAUCUCAUCUAUGUUGGGCGCAAGCGUAUGCAGGUGCGCCAGCCGGAGCGUUCGGUGGAAGGGGUUAAUAACCUGGUGGAGGCUGACUACUCUUAUUGGACGCUGGGCUAUGCCCUGUCAGCGCAGGGUGCCAGGAAGCUGCUGGCUGCUCAGGCCUUCAGCAAGAUGCUACCUGUCGAUGAGUUCUUCCCUGUCAUGUUCAACAAACACCCCAAGUAAGUGACUGGCUGACUGCACUGACACAGA